AUGCCAACCGCCACUACCGCCAUCCCGAUCCACGGGCCCGUGGACCUCCUCACUCGACUGGACUCAUCCGACCCGGAAACCAAGCUCAAGGCGCUUAGGGAAAUUAAAAAUCAGAUAAUCGGUAAUCGCACCAAGAAGCUCUCUUUCCUCAAGCUCGGCGCUAUUCCGGCUGUUGCCUCUAUCCUCUCCUCCUCCGCCGCCGAAGCGGACUCCCAAUUAGCCCAUGCUGACGUCAGCAUAAACAACAUUAUUGUCCAGUCAGCUGCGAUUCUUGGCAGCUUCGCUUGCGGCUUCGAUGCCGGCGUUCGAGCGGUCCUCGACGCCGGCUCUUUUCCUCACCUAAUUCGGCUCCUCUCCAAUCCCGAUGAGAAAGUGGUGGAUGCAAGUGCUCGUUCACUUAGAAUGAUUUAUCAGUCGAAAUUGGCUCCAAAGUAUGAGUUUGUUCAAGAGAAUAACAUGGAAUUCCUUAUUUCUUUGCUUAAUAGCGAGAGUGAAAAUGUUACUGGGCUUGGUGCAAGUAUCAUUACUCAUUCUUGUGAGACAAGUGCAGAGCAGAGGGCAUUAUGUGAUGCUGGGGUUCUAAAGAAGUUAAUUAGCCUCCUUGAAGGUUCUCUAAGUCAGAAAAAUGCUAGUUUAGAGUCGCUGACUGCAGUCUUUAAGAACAAUCCUGAAGUCAUCUCUAAAUUUGCGGGACUUGAAAAUGAAAGAGCAGUUGAAGGCUCUUUAAGUCAGAGAGAUGCUAGUUUAGAAUCACUGGCCACAGUUCUCAAGAACAAUCCUGAAGCUGUCUCGAAGUUUGUGGGACCAGAAAGUGCAAGUUCUUUAGGCUCUAUAGUUGAAUUAACAAAGGAUAGAUAUCUGCGGACAAGGUUGCUUGCCUGCACGUGCCUGAUUGUGAUAAGAAAUGCUUCUCCUAACUAUCUGCAAGAUAUAGGAAUCAAAAACAAAUUAGUAUAUCUCUUACUUGAGCUUCUUGAUGAUCCUGGCCAAGUAGGGGAUGAAGCUUCCUUUGUUUUUUCUAGUUUAGUGGCAGAAAAGGAGGAUUUACAGAAAUUAGCUUUUGAGGAAAAUGCUAUCAGUAAGUUUUGUAACCAAUUGCAGAAAGGUCAAUUACAUCCCAGGCGCCUCCAAGGCAUAUUGCUGGCAUUGGCUGAUCUAUGCUCAAAGUUGGAGAGCUGCAGAUUGACAUUCCUGUCAUUGAAGGUUUUGAACCAAGUGAUUGAUGCUCUAACUCAUGAUUGUGCUGACGUGCGCAUCUCUGCUUGUAUUUGCUUAAGAAGUGUCACUCGCUCAAUCAAGAACUUGUGUGCAGGUUACUUCAUGAAUGAAAUGCUUGUUAUUCCCUUGGUACGGCUUUUAGAUGACCCUUCAGUGUCUGUCCAGGUUGCAGCACUUGGCGCUAUUAGUAACAUAGUGGUUGAUUUUACGACUCGUAAGUCCACAUUUAUACAAUGUGGAGGCGUAAAGCAGCUGGUUCAGCUAACAAAAUCGAUGGACUCAACAGUCAGGUUUAAUGCAUUAUGGGCUUUGAAGAAUAUAAUAUUUCUGGCAGAUGAUAGAUGUAAAGAAGGGAUACUUUUAGAGCUCAGUGGUUCCCUGUUAGCAAGCCUUAUAUGUGACCCUGAGCCUUGUGUUCAAGAGCAAGCUUUGGCCCUUGUUCGAAAUCUUGUUGAUGGAUGUAUAAAGUCCAUUGAGUAUGCGUUUGCUGAAGAUAGUAUUCUAUUAGAUGCUGUUGGAAGGCAAUUACACAAAGUUUCACACGAAGUUGGAAUACAGGGAAUGUAUCUUCUUUGCAAUGUGGCAAGCGGAAAUGAGUUUCAUAAGGAAGCAGUUAUGCAGCAACUUCUUGCACAAGCAGAUAAUGGAGCCGAAUCUUUCGUUGUCAAGUUCUUGCAGAGCAGUGAUAGCCGGUUACGAACAGCUGCUGUCUGGGUGAUAGUAAAUCUCACAUCUCCUUCUUGUCUUGGUGCAUUUAGUCGGCUUGUAAAACUUAAGAAUGCUGGCAUAAUAUCUCAAAUAAGGAGCAUGGUUAAUGAUCCCUGCCUUGAUGUGAAGCUUCGUGUAAGAACAGUGAUCACUCAUCUCUCAUACGCUUCUGGUCUGUUUGCAAAUCUUGGUAAUCUCCUUUCUGACCCGGUUGUCGUUUACAAGAAUCUUGUUUUUGGAUGUGAUGAUAAGAAUAAGAGUCCUCGUCUUCUUGUCACUAAGGAAUUUGUUCUCUCCUUAUAUGAGACACUAGAGAUGUCUGUUACUCCAGAUUUACCCUAUCCUGUCGGGAUUGUUCACGGUCCUGAUGUAGAAAUUGUGGGUUCUUGCUAUACUUGCAAUCGUAUCACUCACUAUAACGACGAUGUUGAUGCAUGGAUCCCUAUCCAAAAGGAAACGGAAACCAGUGUUGACAUGUAUAGGCUAAGGAUGGAUUCAUUGUGGAAACUUGAUGCCAUUUUGCCCGGUACUUGUUUCUAUCCUCCUCCUGUCUAUCAUUUUGGCCAAAACGGGACAUAUUAUUGGCGGCUAUGGGCCUUUUUGCUACGACCUGAUGGAGGGGAGUUGGAAAAAUCUUUUGAUAUAUGUGUAUUGCUUGAGCCUGGUGUGAAAGAGUCUUGGACUGAAUUAUUCAGUAUUGGACCCGUUGUAGGAUCGAAGAAUCCCCCGGGAUUCUGGACAAAUGAGGAGCCCGUUUCUGAAACUACCGGUGGAGACCUGCUCAUAUGUGACCCUACUACGCAAGAAACUAAGACUGUUCAAGUGGACGUAGUAUCAGAUACCAUCUUUAUUCUUUCGUAA